CAGUGGCAAAUUCAAUCAGAUCAACUGCGGGCAGCCACCAACAGACAGAAGCUGAGGCGCUUUAUCAUACUGGGACUAUAUCUGGCCUGUCCUAUUGCUUGAUUUUUUAUUUGAUUUAGUUUAUCACAUAUUUCUUCUGGACAAAACUCUGGAGCGCGUUCGUCAUCAUGAAGGAAAGGAGAAAUGCGCAACCGCUGGUGGUGAGAUGUAAACUGGUUCUUGUGGGAGAUGUUCAAUGCGGAAAAACGGCGAUGUUGCAAGUGCUGGCCAAGGACUGCUACCCAGAGACCUAUGUGCCCACGGUGUUUGAAAACUACACAGCCUGUCUGGAGCUGGAGGAGCAGCGAGUGGAGCUGAGUCUGUGGGACACCUCAGGUUCUCCAUACUAUGAUAAUGUGAGGCCCCUGUGCUACAGUGACUCAGAUGCAGUCCUGUUGUGUUUUGAUAUCAGUCGCCCAGACACAAUGGACAGCAGUCUCAAAAAGUGGAAAAGUGAAAUCCUGGACUUCUGCCCAAGCACGCGAAUCCUGCUGAUUGGCUGUAAGAUAGACCUACGUACAGACGUGUGCACACUCAUGGAGCUGUCCAACCUGAAACAGAGUCCAGUUACCUAUGAGCAGGGCUCUGCUAUGGCCAAGCAGCUUGGUGCGGAAGCUUAUCUGGAGUGCUCAGCCUUCACCUCGGAGAAAAGCAUUCACAGUGUGUUUCGCACAGCAGCGAUGGCCUGCAUCAACAAGCUGCAGCCCCUCCCAAAGUCCAGCCCAACCCGCCGCCUCUCUAAAAGACUCCUCCAUCUGCCUAGCAAGUCUGACCUUCUCUCCUCUACCUUCAAGAAGGAAAAGACCAAGAGCUGCUCAGUGAUGUGAAGGAGGGGAGGAGGGGGUUCAGGUCCUCGUACACAACUCCCAGCCCCAGCCUAUUUGGUCUCGGGGAAGGGGGGUGGGCAUGAUGGUUUUAUCAGGGCUCUCCUGCUGAAUCCUUCCUCACCCCCCCGAAAACCAAACAAAUCCUCAGAAGAGGCGGACACCUAGCUGUCCGCUCUCUCCUGAACCUUUAAGCACGCAUCCAUUUAAAUUUUUUUCUGCUUUCGGAACAAAACAGUAUCAGUAAAGGUUCGGGUCCAUUUAACUAUCUUUAUUGUUCCACCUGUAAACAAGCUAGAACAGUGUCCCAUCUGAUUUUACUAUCUACUGGCACAUAUUGAUUUUAUCUGAUAUGGAAGUGUGCAAUGUUUAAUCUUGUGACAUCAAUGCCUCUCAGAAAAACUCAAUAGAUAUUUUUCUAAGUACUUAAAUAAAUCUAGCAUGAAACUGUCAGGAACUAGCAAAAAUCCCAUACAUCCCUUUCUAAGUGUGGUGUGUGAGGUGUCACCUGUUUUACCCUUUCUGAUGAACGAACUUUACGUACAGGGAGAACAGAGACAGAACCCACAGGGAGCUGUCCCUACCAUCUCGGCGUUGAUGUGAAUGAGUGAUGGCAGUGCUGCUGUGCAGGCAGGAGUCCAGCCUUCAUCCACCUGCAUGGGCUGAAGAUUGGUGGCUGAGUAGCUCUGAACGGCACUGCUCCACGAGCUUUCAUUGGAGCAAGUAGCAAAGGCUGGUGAGACUCUAUAGUUGUAAAAAUAACUGCAGAAAUAAGAUGAGAAAAAGUGUGUGGAAGACUCCCAUUCACUGCAGGAGUCCCUAUUUCUGCUAAUGUAUCAGAAAUAGAAAUGUAAAGAGGCUUUUGUUUAGAUCAGCAGCAUAAACACACAAGCUUCAAGCUGUGAAGAUGUUGGGUGUUAUUUAUGAGGUUGUGCUUGACUACUUCAAGGGUUCAAGACAGGUUUUAAAAAUGUAAGAUCUUUGCUGCUUGGGCAGAAUGACUAUUAAUGUUAAAAAUAUGUUUUAUUUUAUUGAAUAUUAUUCAUAAACAAUUUGUAGCAUUGCAGUGUUGACAGUUUUUUAAACUGAAUGCAGUUUGAAAAACAAUGCCUUUCAUUUCGUGUUCCCCGAAGGUCAGUGAGAUUUACCUAUACUGUAAAAAUGCCUGUGGAUUUGCAUUAAUCUAAUGUAGCACUCCAAAUGAAACUAUUCUUCCAAGACAACCAUAGUUUAUGUUUUGCACACAUGAAUCUCUCGACCUCCAAUAAGCAUUGUUCACUGUAGACAGGAACAACAGCGGAACAAAAAUUGGACGCUUUUCGUCGCCAGCUUAAACCUUCGGCUUCAUGGUCAUGUGCCUGUACAGCUGUGAGUUCUGUGCUUCUGACCAUAAAGCAAUAAUGAUUGAAGUGCUUGUGAUACAAGGUGUGGCAAUAAAGAUGCAGCUUUGUGAUUACUGUUGUGCUGUAAGUGGUCGGUUGGCAGAUUGACUGAAAACAACUCUGCUGUACAAACUGGCUGCUGAUCUCUGUCUGCCCGUUCUUCUGUGCAGUCGCUGGUUUUUAGAACAACCAGUGAUGAUGAAAACAGAGAAAAAACAGAGGUGUAAAAGGGAACAUGUUUUUUUUAGCUGAAAAUGCUUGAUUUGCUGAUGUAGGGUUUGCAGCACCUUGCAAAAGUAUCCACACUGCCUAAACUUUUUUGUAUUCUUGCAAAUGAAGAUACUUUGAUCUAAACCAAUCUAAUUAACCUCUGAAAGUAUUACUGGCCUGCUAGAAAGUGAACCUGUUCUCCAAUCCUAAAGCUUUCGCAGCCUAUUACUGCAUAAUGCUGCCACCUCUUUUUUACAAUGGAGAUGUUGUGCUCAGGGUGAUGUGCAGUGUUAUAUUUAGCUUGCCACACAUAGUGCAUGCAGAAAAUAGCUUAAUAUAGUGGAUCAACUAGAUUGGCCAAAAUAAUAAAUACCGACACAUAAAAAUUAAUAUAAAUUGAGCUAUUUUCAUCUUCCAAAGUUAAGCCCUUAUCUGAGCCACGAGUGGUGGCUGCAAAGUUGAGUUGCACUACAAAUGUGGUAAUGCCCUUUGUGAUCUUGUCUACUGCUUUGCUGCACAGAAAAUCAACACUUUUCAUUUAUUAUUUAAUUUUUACAAAUAACCUUAUGCCUUCUCAGAAGUUUGGGGACAGUAUCCAGUUUGAAACUUUAGCAUUGUGAUAACCGUAGUGUCCCUAACUUUGGAGGUCUUCUUAUGAGUUUCCUUCAACAAUCUUUCGCCUUGUCAUUCUUCAGGAAAGACCAGAAUAGUGGAGGACAUGAUUAAUAGUUGUCCAGUCUACAGAUUCACCCACCUGAGCUUUGGAUCUCUGCAGCUCCUCCAGGGUUACCAAUAGCAACUUGGACGCUGCUCUGAUUAACGUUUCCCUUGCCUGGCCUGUCAGGUAAUAUGGACAGUGUUUUGCAGGAGUUUCAAAGCUUGAGGUAUUGUUUAAGAAACUAAACCUUCACAACUUUCUCCCUGAACACUCUGUUGAGUAUUUUGGUCUUCAUUAUGCUGUUUUUUCACUAAUGUUCACAAAUCUCUGAGGUCUUCAAAGAACAGCUAGAUUUAUACCAAGAUUAAAUUAGUCACAAGGGACCUUUUUUUUAAUAAUUAGAUGAUUCCUGAAGGUUAUCGUUUGCACUGGAUUUUAUUUACGGAUAUUAGAGUAAAUGGGGUCGAAUACAAAUGCAGGUCACCCUAUCAGAUUUUACCCAGAAACAAAAGUGAAAAACAAGCAUCCUUUCCCUUCCACUUCUGUCUUAUGCACUACUCUGCAUUGGUCGAUUGCAUUAAUUUAAAUAAAAUACAUGGCAAAAUGUGAAAAAAAGCUAGAAGGCCAUGAAUACUUUUGCAAGGCCCUAUGACUGCGCUGCUUGAGUGAGCUGACAAUUACACACUUGAAAAAUUAGAUAUACUUCAAAAGUGAACAAUUUUUAAUUAAGGGCUAGGGUGGGAUGAAAAAUGAAUAAAAUAAAGUGGGACUGAGGGGAACAAGUGAUCAAACUGCACAGGCUGGUCCUGUCCAAAGAAAGCUAUUUUUCCAUUCUUCUUUUAUGUGUAUUUUUCACUAUUUAACGCAUGAUGUGAGUUCUCAUGUUUUAUUGGAAAUAUCUUUCUGACUUGGCUGUUGUGUCUUAAAGGUGCUCUGGACUUCCACUGGGUUUAAAAGAGCUUAAAGUGCUUAAAUUUGCCCAAAUCCCUGGCUAUUGGCUUGCAACAGUUCAGACCAUGGCUCUGCCAUCAGUUGUGUGGAGAGAUUGGUUUGAGAAACAGACAAACAUUCCCACAUCUAUUACUAUCCCAUUAUUGAACUGUUUAUGACCAAGCUUUCACAUAAAAAAAGAAGCAUUAGCUGAUAUUUUUGUCUGAUGCAAAGUGUUUUUGAUGAUGGGUUGUUCAGGCGACUCAGUGGCCAUGUCAGUUAUUAUGCAGCCUUUGUGUUGUAGUCAGUGUGUGGUACAAAAGGUGCAGUCAAACUCCUAAGCAUGUCUUAUUAUACUUGUAUGAUUGUAUAUACAGACUCCUUUUUUAGAGUUAUAAAUUUAUUGUUCCUGAUGUUAGUAUUUAUUUGGUGGCUUUCUUUGCCUUUUUUCUGUGACAUGUACGUUUGUUUUAAAUCUGUUUUUGAAAUGAAAUCUUUUUUAUUUCACUUAUGUUUAUUGCUGUGUUAAAUAAAGCUUGUCCUGGAACACUUU